AUGGAAAACAAUUCCGGUUACUUCUUCAUGGCUUUCGGUCAAGUUGGAAAAGUCAGAAGCAAAGAUAGAGAAGUUUAUGUGGAACAGCCUCCUGGUUUUGAAAAUAAAGAGCAUUCUAAUCAUGUUUUAGACCGCACCUUUACCCCUUCUCCUUCUCCUCCUACCACUCCUCAUCGCUGUGACCCCAUGGCUCGGACCAAAAACACUCCAAGGUUCCCUGCCUCUGCCAAGCCGACGCCACCACCAAAGGCCACACCUUCCAAGCCUGGCUCCUCAAAACCAAGUUCAGCGAAGCCUGGCUCCUCCAAAGGCAAACGUCAGGCGACUGAGGAACCCAUACCCGAACCAUCUCAACCAAAAUCCAGACCAAAUGUUAAUAGCCCAAAUGGAAUAAAAGGCAUUCAGCAAAGAAUAUUGGGCUGA